GAUACAGAAAAUAUGUGGCAUGGUAAUCCUCAUGGUCAGGAUUUUUUCAAGGAACUAGAAAAUUGCUACCAACAAAAUAGUUUAUUUUCAAUACUUGAUCACAAUUUCCUCACUAAGCCUCAAUGA